CCCCUCCCAUGUCCCACCCCAAUAAUAUUCAGUAAAUUAAGAAAGUUCAGCAAAUUUCCGUCUCACAGUAGGACGGGUCUAGAAGAGAAGAACAAUGAUCUCCCUGACCGGGAUCCUGAGUCUCCUCUCCGCUCUUGCAGCAACAAGUUACGCUCUCUCCUGUACGGUGUGUCAGUCUCUCACGUCCUCCUCAUGUUCGGGCGUCAGUGUGACUUGUCCUUCAGGAGAACAAUGCGGAUCCUCUUAUACAGAGACCAUUUUUGAUGGAGUCAAUACUAAAGUUUUUGUCAGGCGAUGCAUGUCUAUAUCUGAAUGUAGAUUCAUCGGCACCGUAAGCCUAAAUAAGGUACAAACCAAGAAGGUCCAUUCAUGCUGCAACACUGAUGACUGUACUCCUAGUAUUGCUUCAUUCCCAGCAAAAAGCUCUGAACCCAAUGAACUGAUCUGUCCAUCCUGCGUAUCUAUCACCUCGGCCUCAUGUUCCUCCUCGGAGACUGUACAAUGCCGAGGGGAUGAGACUGAAUGUCUUCUUCAGGCGACAACAGUAACAGGAUUACAAUCAGGUUCAUCAGCCCUUCGAGGGUGCGCAACAAAAUCCAUCUGUGAUCUCGGCAGCCAGUCCCAAAGUGCUGACGGUGUAACAACCGAAGUGAAGUUCAUCUGCACCAGCGGUGGAAUAAGCGUCCGUACAGUCGUCCUGACUCCGGCCAUCGUGUGUCUUCUGCUGCUGAAAUGGUUCUUCUAACUUAUUAGGAAUUCUUACAUGUGGCCAUUUGUGGAUCAUGUUUUUUUUUAAUACAUAAAUAAAUAAAAUAAAAAAAGAUAAUAUAUAUAUAUAUAUAUAUA